AUGUAUAAUGCCGAACAGGGUGAGGCGACGAUGAGCCUGUCAAUGGGCGCGUGCCCCCACGCGUGGCAGCACCAGCUACAGCACCGCGGCCGCAUGUGGGCCGCCUCCCCGGCCUUCCGCAGGCAGCUCUUCCUGCUCCGCUCUCUCGCGCCCACCUGCGCAGACGGCGGCCGUGCCUCCUCGAGCUCUCUUCGUCCCCACGCGAUGUCUGCGGCGGCCGGGCCGGUGUACGAGGCGGACGCGGAGGCGGUGGUCCGGCGAAUCACGCCGCCGCUCGACCGCGCAAGGCACAAGGGUCAGGCAGGGAAGAUAGCAAUAAUUGGUGGAUGUCGCGAGUACACUGGUGCUCCUUACUUUGCCGCUAUCUCUGCAUUGAAAGUUGGUGCAGAUCUCUCACAUGUUUUCUGCACAAAAGAUGCUGCAACAGUAAUCAAGAGCUAUAGCCCUGAGUUGAUUGUGCAUCCAAUAUUAGAGGAGUCCUACAGCGUAAGGGAUGAUGAAAGAGAAUCUGUUUCUUCUAGCAUUCUCACUGAAGUUAUAAAGUGGGUGGAGCGCUUUGAUUGCAUUGUUGUUGGCCCCGGCCUUGGAAGGGACUCAUUUCUUAUGGAUUGUGUCAGUAAUAUAAUGAGGCAUGCACGACAGGCUAAUAUCCCAAUUGUCGUUGAUGGGGAUGGCCUUUUCCUUAUAACCAAUAACAUUGGUCUUGUUGAAGACAACUCUCUUGCCAUCUUAACGCCAAAUGUAUACGAGUACAAGCGUCUUGUCCAGAAGAUUCUUAACUGUGAAGUAAAUGAGGAAAAUGCUUCUGAGCAACUGACUGCACUUUGCCAAAAAAUUGGUGGUGUAACCAUCAUGAAGAAAGGAAAAGCAGAUGUAAUUAGUGAUGGUAAAAAAGUCACACAAGUGAGUACCUUUGGUUCUCCGAGGCGAUGUGGUGGUCAAGGCGACAUUCUCUCUGGAAGCGUGGCAGUAUUUUCAUCAUGGGCACGGCACUUUCUCUUGUCAAAUGAGCAACCUAAAGAGACUAGUGUGAAUCCUAUGGUUCUUGGGUGCAUAGCUGGCUCUCUAUUGCUCAGAAAAGCUGCGGCGCUUGCAUUUGAAAAGAACAAGAGAUCAACUGUCACUACUGACAUCAUUGAGUUCUUGGGCCAAAGCUUGGAAGAUAUCUGCCCUGCUGGGCGGUAG